CCUCCCCGGCAAACCAAGCGCUCCCGAGCUGCGUUUUCCCACAGCCAAGUGAUCGAACUGGAGCGCAAAUUCAGCCACCAGAAAUACCUGUCGGCCCCGGAACGCGCCCACCUGGCGCGGCACCUGCAGCUCACCGAGACCCAGGUSAAGAUCUGGUUCCAGAACAGGAGGUACAAGACCAAGAGGAAAGAGCUGGGGAAUGGUUUGAGCCGCUUGGACUCGCGGGGUGGUGGCCAAGGAGCGGCCGAAUCGCCGGGGACGGCGCUGCUGGCGCUGCGAGGAGCCUGGCCAUACCUGCCCUGCCUCUACUACGUCAACGGAUGGAGCCCCUCCUGGUAG